AUGUGGGAACCAGUAGCUGUUCCCUUUCAGAACACCCAGCCUCUGCCUAUUCUACCCACAACAGAUGAAAUCUGCGCUUGCACCAAUGUUCUGAGGGAGACCUGCGCCAGCAAGGUCGUGGUGUUGAACGACGAUAUCGUUGUAAAAUAUGGAGGUUAUGUAAACGAGUGGGAAGGCCAGGCUUUGGUUUACCUUGAACGACACGUCCCAGAGGUUCCGGCCCCUCGACUGUACACAAUGUACUAUGAUUCCAAUGAUUCUAAACAACUUUUCUUGGUCAUGCAGCGCAUUCCCGGAGUGCCACUGAGUGCCAUUUGGCAAUCUUUGAAAUCGCGAAACUCCAAGGAAUAUUCGACGCAAUGCGAAAAGCCGAAUGUCCAUGGCCUGGAUGGGGGUGGCGUACACGACUACCUAUUCUAUAGCGAACAUGGCGAUCAGAAAUUUCUAGGGCCUUUCCCCGACGAACCCGCCUUCGUUGCGGGCCUUGUUGGCAAUUACAGAGCCUACGUCGAACACACUAAUUGGCCAGACUACAAAGCUCGCUUUUACGAAAAGUAUCUCCCUCAUGUUCUUCAAGGUCACCGGCCCACCUUGACGCAUGGGAACAUUCAGCGGACGAACAUUAUGGUCGUGGAGAACACGACUCGCCCAGACGAUCAAGGCGGGCGAUCAUUUGACGUCGUACUGGUCGAUUGGAAGCACGCUGGUUGGUUCCCUGAUUUCUGGGAAUUCUUUUGUGCAUCAUAUUAUGCUUAUGGUUUCGACUAG